UCUGCUUUCGGGCUGCGCGGAAACAGACGCGAGGUGAGCGAAGGAUAAGACACAGAUUUAGGGAACUUUGCGGGUUUCGCUUACUCCGCAUGUCCAGGAGAAUUCAGCCCUGACCAGUUCCGAGCCCCACUGAGCAUCAUGUUGGGAAGGAAGAACAAGAAAGCCCCGGUGCGGAAAGGUCAAGGGGCAGCUGCGGCCAAACAGAUGGGGCUGUUUGUGGACUUCAGUCCCGAGGAGAUGAUGGACAUGGAAGGGAACCUUGACGACCCAGACUUGGAGGCAGAGUUUGCCGCUAUUGUUGGAAAGAAACAAGCUGGCGCUGGGAGACCGAAAGCAAAAGCUAAGGCUCCCCUACCCAUGGAGCAUAUUGAAAAAAUGGCAGUGGAAUGCAUGAAAGAUGAAGAUGAUGAUGACAGUGAUGAGGGUCUGGAGAACGAUGAGGAUCUACUGGCUGAGCUGCAGGAGAUUGUUGAAGAUAAAGAGCCAGAUGGUGAAGAAUCCACCAUCUCUGUCAGCACACCUGAAACUUCUCCAGCCGAGACACCAGAGUCGCCUCAGCAGCAGGAAGUGAAAGUUUCUGCUGCCCCUGGCAAUCUACAGCAUACCUUGGAGGAGAGGAUAGGCAUGUAUAAAACUGCUAUAGCGAAUGCCAACGCCUCAGGAGAGUCAUCUAAAGCGCGAAGAUAUGACAGAGGCCUCAAGACUCUCGAGACCAUGCUCUCCUCUGUGAAGAAAGGAAAGAAGAUUGAUGAAGCAGAAAUACCCCCUCCAGUGGCCCUUGGGGCCCACAGUACAGCCCCUGCACUGACCGUCCCCAAGCCGGUGCCCCCAGAGCCGCCAGUCCUUUCCUCUGACACUGGACCCAUGAUGGAUGAGUGCCCUCCAGAUCCAGAGCAGCUGAUCCAGGGUGCUGUGGAGAAGUCUGUUGAAUCUCCUGGAGGUGGAGAGGGGGAGUCUACCAAGGCUCGGCUCCUGGAGCGUCAGAGAGAGUACAGGGUUGCAGCUGUAAAGGCCAAGCAGGUCGGAGACAUAGAAAAGGCAAAGGAAUUCAUGAAGACCAGUAAGAGGUUUGACGCCCUGAUCGAAGCGCUAGACAACGGGAAACCCAUUGACCCAAGUGAUAUCCCUUCGCAACCAGUAGUGGAAUCUAAAGGAAGUGCGACUUCACUCAGCACCACAAACAUACAGAAAACCGAGGCCCCACCCCCAGUUCCAGCUGCCCCAGCUGCUCCUUCCCAGCCCAGCAGUGUCCUGGAGGCUCUGGAGCAGAGAAUGGCCAAGUAUGAGGAGGCCUGUGCUCAAGCCAAGGAGAGCGGGAAUGCCCGCAAGGCUCGUAUGCAUGAGCGCAUUGCAAAGCAAUACCAGAGUACCAUUCGCUCAUACAAGGCAGGUAGACCUGUCAAUUUUGAGGAGUUGCCCAUUCCACCAGGCUUUCCACCAAUCCCUGGACAGGAGAAGGCAGGGGGAGGAGCUGAGCAAGGCAUUGUUGCGGUGCUGGAGGCUGCUAACAAACUUGCUUCCGAUGAAGGAAAUGAAUCUCAGGAUGAUGACAUCAAGCAAGUGGAACCUGAAGGGAGUAAGCCAUCCGCCCCACAGAAAGCCAAGAAGCCCACUCUGGCUGUGCCACCUUCUGUGCAGGCCCACAAGAUGGCAUCAUCACCUUCUCCUGAGAGUUGUGCCAAUAGCGGUGGACUUCCUUUGAAAGGCCAGCAGCAACUCGAGUUCCUAGAGGAGCGCAAGAAGCAGUACCUGAAGGCCGCCGUGCAGGCAAAGCAGAACAAUGACCUUGAGCAGGCCAGGAACUUCCUGAGAACAGCAAAAGGGUUUGACCCUAUGAUCGAGGUUGCCAAGAGUGGAAAAGCAGUUGACCUCGCUAAGGUGCCAUCACCUCCCGGAGACGAAGAUGGGGACUUCAUCCUUGUACACCACAGUGACGUUCAGGUGUCGGAGAAGGCUGAGGAGGUGUACUCUCAGCUGUCCAAGCUGCUGAAGGAACAGUAUGAGAAAUGUUUGACAUACUCUAAGCAGUUUACCCACCUGGGAAACAUUUCAGAGACCACAAAGUUUGAGAAAUUGGCAGAAAGUUGUAAGAAGAACUUGGAGAUAUUAAAGCUAUCCCAGGCACAAGGACUGGACCCCCCCAAGCACCGCUUUGAGGAGAGAACCUUCAAGACUGUUAGGAUAUUCCCAGAACUCAGCAGUACAGAGAUGGUGGUGGUGAUUGUGAAAGCGAUGAACCUGCCAGCUCCACAGGGUAUAGCAACAAAUGACCUGGAUGCUUUUGUGAAGUUUGAGUUCCCAUAUCCCAGCACAGAGCAACCCCAGAAGCAUAAAACUGCUGUUAUCAAAAACAGCAAUUGUCCAGAGUACAACCAGAGCUUCACAUUGACCAUCAACCGCAACCACAGAGGCUUUCGGCGGGUGAUCCAGUCCAAAGGCCUCAAGAUGGAGGUGUUGCACAAGGGUGGUUUCCUUCGGAGCGACAAGCCCCUCGGCGCAGCCCACCUGAAGCUGGACAAACUGGAGACACAGAGUGAAGUGCGCGAGAUUGUCGAGGUUAUUGAGGGUCGAAAACCCACCGGUGGACUGCUGGAGGUCAGGGUACGCUUGCGGGAGCCUCUGAGUGGGCAGGAUGUCCAAACCACAACAGAACGGUGGCUGAUUCUAGAUCAGUCUCAGGUUAUUUUAUAAAUACUGGCACAAGCUGGAAAGGUGUCACCAUCACAGAAGGCCCCAAAGACACUGUGAAUCGAAUGGUUAGACCACCACAGUCAGCUUCUGGAACGGUCCAGGUGCUGGCAGCCACAUCCAGCUCGUACUGAUCCUACGGUCUUUCUCUGCUUCCUGCGAGUGUGUAAAGACACACAGCUUCUGUUCAAAUGUAUGGAGGGACCGUAACAGGAUGGGUGAAACUCCUUCCUGUGGUCAGUAGUUGACCAGUUAAGACUGUUUUUAGUUGAGGGUGAAGGAGAGUGGCACUUCAGAUUGUGACCUCACAUUUUUCCCCCCCAAUUUUGUUUUUUGCAUUUCAAGCAGAUACUGUUUGGUGUUUUCAAAGUGAGUUCAGUAGCUCCUCUGCACUAAAUACCAAAGCUGUUACUGUUGCUGUAGUUCAGGGACAAAUACUUACACUUAAGACUUGUUUGGUACGCCAACUUCACAGUGUGUGUGUGAUUAAUCUAUGCAAGGUCUAACCUCUCAACACUAUUUACCAUUUAUAGCUUAGCCACUUUGCACUUUGCUGUUUAAAAAAAAAAAAAAAAAUCCACACUUGCCUUUGCUGAUAUAAACUGGAAUGUUUCUUGAAGCUGCGCAUGUGAACUGACUGUAUGCUCAUCCAUACCAUUGAAUGGAUUUAUCUCCUGAAUUUUUGUGCAACGCAGUCAGCAGUCCAGCAGGAAAUGCUGCUCAACUGACACUUUUUCAGGGAAUCUGUCGAGACCGGAUUUGAACAUAAGUGGAACAAUUAACCUGAAGUUGUGUAAUUUGACUUUGUUUUUGCCACAAUCCAGCCAUUUCUUUACAAUUGCUGCACAUAUGGAAAUGUAGCAGUAAAGUGGAGCCAGUUCCCAAGGCUUUCCACGGUUGUCCAGAUCCCUGCUGUCAUUUUGAAUAAGCCUGUGUUCUAGUACUGUUAAGGCACCUUGUUCUAACAUUUACAUUGAUUUCAAAUAUUUAAUUCUUAGCUUUAUUGCCAUUGAAAUUAAAUUAAAAUCGUGAUACAAAACUUUGCUGGGAGAGUAGCUUCAUUGUGUUUUUAGUCACCUGCCAAUUUUUUGUUCACCUUUGCUCACUUGUAAGUGCAGCUGAGGUUCAGACUGAAAACAUUAAGCUCUGUUAGACUGCAUGGUGUCUUUCCUCUCAUGCUCAGGUGUGUUCAGUUUGUGCGGUGCUUGGCAGCAGCGCCCUCUUAUUAAAGUGAUUAUGUACUGCUUGGAUCUAAACUAUUCCAAUAAAGAUUUUUGUCCUUUUUCUAAGUUAUGUUAAUACUGUUGAUGAACAGGCUCAGGGGAACAUGUUACCU